AUGUGGAGCAAAUUCUCCUUGGAUUUAACGCCACCAAAUUGCUUACAAUUGAGCCAAUUAACUGCUGGAUUAUACAAACUGAAUUUAUGCUUAUCUAGGAUCUCUGCUGUGUACUCGGGACCGUCUGGCCUGUUCCGAAAGCAUGUUGACACACCUUGUCCCACGACUCAGAUUGUCUCACUGGUUGUCUGUCUGCCUUCAUCCUUCAAAGGUGGAAGGGGGAUCAUUCAGCAUGAAGGGAGAGAGGUCAAGUUUGACUGGAGUUCCCACGGUGCAUCUGAAAUUCAAUGGGUAGCCUUUCACAGCGACAGCGAGCACAAUAUCAAAACAGUAAUAGGAAGUGAGUCCAUAACCCUGACAUACAAUCUCUACAUAACCAAACAGGUCGAACCAUCAAUAUCAUCCGGUAUUAUUGUUGACCCCAAAAGUCUAUUGCUGUAUGCCCACUUGAAAAAUAUUCUGAAGGAGCCUGGUUUCAUGAUAUGCAGACAAUGUGAAGGAAAGUCAUUAAUCAAACAUCUAAUAACGUAUCUCAGGCCCUUGUCAGCUAGCAGCAUGAUAUAA